UGGUAGAAAAUCCACCCUGAAGGAGGCAUCUAUUCGAUUGUUUCCAGUUUCGAUCCCCUCACAAACACACAUACGAAAAACAUACCGCUGCCGAUAUCGGGACAGAAUUCAUCCUGGAGCGUAAAGGUGCGCCAGGAAACUAUUCAAAUCACGGCGAGGGCGGGCUGCCGGAAGCAAGGAGGAGAGAGGACGAGGGAUACAUGUACUAAAGAGGACCUGGGAGGCCUCAAGGCGGCUCAUGCCGCCACAAGACGAACAAUGGCUGUUGAGUGUGUGUGCGAGCUGCCUAACUGCUUUAAGGAUCGACAGGGAGGAGCGAGUGCCUUUUCUCAAGCGAAGUAAUCAGCCGGGAAUCCUCUUCGUCUCGCGAUUCAUCUUUCUCAGUUGGGAUGUGGUUGGCCAAGUGAGAACAUUCCCUUCGCUUGAACUUUCGUACCCUACCACUCAAAAUGUUGUUAUUGUCGUGCAAUAUUCCCAUGUGACGUUUGCCCAAGAUCAUCACAAACUAGUGCUCGUCCUCAAGUAUUUUCCAUUCACAAAUCCCUAGAAGAUGCCAACGAUUUUGAGCGAUCCGUAGUGGUGUGUCGUCACCUCAUCUUGCACGUGUGUUAAUUGGCAUCUAACACGAAACAAGCAUCGGCAACCCGAACGAAAACCAGCUGUGCUUCUAGUCCUGAUCUUUACAAAUCGUAUCAUAUUCAUCCAGUCCGUCUUUCAGACAACCAUAUCGCCAAAAUGCCUCUCAGCUUUAGUACGGCAUUCUCGGCCACAUCAUUAAUUCUGCAUUUGCUCACACACUGCGUGUCCAGUCUGGACAAUGGCUUGGCCAACACGCCCCCAAUGGGCUGGUUGGCCUGGGAAAGGUUCCGUUGCAACACAGACUGCGUCAAUGAUCCUCACAACUGUAUCAGCGAGCGGUUAUUCAAGCAGAUGGCCGAUCUGGUGGUGAGCGAUGGUUAUCAGGAUGUCGGGUAUACCUAUGUGAAUGUGGAUGAUUGCUGGUUAGCACAUGAGCGUGAUGCUUAUGGCAGGCUUCAGCCCGAUUAUGAGCGAUUUCCCAGUGGAAUGAAGGCCCUUGGGGACUAUAUCCAUAGUUUGGGACUGAAGUUUGGCAUUUAUGAAGACUACGGCAACUUCACGUGUGCGGGCUAUCCGGGGAUUUUGGGUCAUCUGGAAACGGAUGCUGACACUUUUGCCAGUUGGGACGUGGACUACGUCAAAUUGGACGGCUGUUACUCCCUGCCAACGGAGAUGGACAAAGGAUAUCCGGAAUUUGGCUAUCACUUGAACAAAACAGGGAGACCCAUGAUCUACGCGUGUUCCUGGCCGGUCUAUCAAACCUACAGUGGAAUGACACCCAAUUACACGUCUAUCAUCAAUUCGUGCAAUCUGUGGCGAAACUUUGACGAUAUCCAGGACAGUUGGCAAUCCAUUGCCAGUGUAAUUGAUUACUACGGAGACAAUCAGGACACGAUCAUCGCUAAUGCCGGACCCGGACAUUGGAACGACCCAGACAUGCUGAUUAUUGGAAACUUUGGCCUAAGUUAUGAGCAGAGCAAGACCCAUAUGGCCAUGUGGGCCAUUUUUGCGGCUCCCCUGCUCAUGUCCGUGGAUCUGCGAACCCUCAAGCCUGACUACAAAGCUAUUCUCCAGAACAGAAAAAUUAUCGCUGUCAAUCAAGAUCAAUUGGGCAUUCAAGGACGGAGGAUCUACAAGCAAAAAGGGAUCGAAAUUUGGGCCCGCCCCAUCAUGCCUGUGUUCAAAGGGAAGUACUCAUAUGGGAUCGUGUUCCUCAACAGACGCACAGAUGGCACUCCAAGCGAGGUAUCGGUAACCUUAAAAGAGUUGGGACUGGAUCACAUCGAAGGCUACCAUAUUCAGGAUCUCUAUGACGAUUAUGAUUACGGGAUCGUCACACCGGAUCGAAGAUUUAAAGUGGACGUUAACCCCUCUGGCAGCGUGGUCAUGAUCCGAUGCAAUUUGUACAAAGGCAAGCCCAUCAACAACUUCAUUGAGGCCACCCGUGACGCUCAACCAAGGAAAGAUGAGUCCGGUUACGUGGUCGAUCACGGGAACAUUGGCUAUAUUCCAAACGCGGACGGAGCUCAUCCUUUGGGCGGUCGAUUUCCUUCACGUCCAGUUGAGCCUCAAUCUCGAAGCCAUGGUUACCUCCAACACCACCAACUUCAAUACUCUCCUUCAACUACGCCCACUUCGGUGGCAGCACCCGCCAUUGGAGCGUACGAGCAAGCGGAUCACGGUUUCAGCUUCCAACAACUGGGCGCUCACUCGACGGUUCCGCCCUAUUAUCAUGGAUGACCAAGCGUUCACAUAGCCGCAACACUAUUGUUAUGAUUUUCACUAUCAUGAUUGUUCUCAUGAUCGUCAUCACCAUGACGAAGAGCCAAGACUGCAUGCAUGAAUUUAUGAGUGCGGAUGAUUGGAUCUGAAAAGGCACUUAACAGAGGCUUCGUGUGCCCCAGUUUCCCAAAUGCCCGAUUUCCUUGUACAAGAAUCAAUAAUAAAGUUUUCGUUUUAAAUUGAA